AUGGCUUCCGAAGAUGGCAUAGCAGGCCAAGGGGAAGCUGCAGAGGAGACGGAAAAGGUGGAUGAAGGUCCAGUGAAGGAUGCUGAUGGCUGGGAGGACAUGAUGGACGGGAAAGUCCGAAAGAGAACGGUGAAAGUCGGGAAAGGCGAUGCAGUGGACCUGCAACGUGAUGUGCUCUGCAGCUUUGAUGUCCGUUUGUCCUUGGAUGGAGAGAUUCUCCAGAGGCGGAAGAACAUUCGCUAUCGUAUAGGAGAGUCGGAAGCCAUUCCGGGCCUGGAACUGGCCCUUCGACACAUGUUUCUCGGUGAAGAGGCAGACGUUUUCUGCAUCAGUCGCUUUGCAUGGGGCCCUGCGGGAUGCAAGGCAGCUGAAGCCCAGGAAAAAGAUGUGCCAGAAGAUACAGAUGUGUAUCUGAAUGUGAAGCUGAUUGACAUGUAUCCAGCAAGCCCAGAGGAUGACAGCCAGAAGAACUGGGCUCAUCGUGUUCAGGAGCUGGAGUGGCGGAGGACCAACGGCAACGAUCACUACCGGCGCCGCAACAUGCAACUGGCCGCGCGCUGUUACGAGAAGGGCAUGGAGGUCUUCCCUGAGACCCCGGUCCAAGCACCUACCUCGGUGGGAUUGAGUGGAAAGGCUGCAGCAGCUGCAGUGACCAAGACCAUCGCUGACGUUGCGUCAAACCUCUCUGCUGUCUACUUGGAACAAGGCCGUGCGCGCGAUGCCUCAGACCACGCGAAGAUCGCGGUGGAUCUGGUACCCAAACACGCCAAGGCCAUUUUUCGCUUGGCGAAGGCCUCCUUUUUGCUGGGGGAUUUCGAGGAGUGCCAGGCGCGGAUCAACGAGUUGCAGGGUCUUCAACCUGAGGAGGACGCAGCAGUGAAGCGAUUGGUGGCAGAUUUGGAGCGUGCCAGGACAAAGCAUGCCUCCAAAAGCAAGAAAUUGGGAGCUGCACUUCUGGAAGCUGCGGGUGAAGGUCGGGAAUAUGUCGAGAAGCCGCCGCCGGAAGAGCCACCAACCUUUCUGCAGGAGUUGUUGGAGCCCAUGAUCCCCAGCAAGAAGCAGGUGAUUCUGCUUGGCGCCUUGGUCAUGCUGUCGGCCCUGGUGAUCUUCUUCGCUCCGCAGAGGCAUCGGCCGCAGGUGGUGAUCAUCUCCCUGUUGGCUUCGACUUUGAUCUUCGCAAUCUACACCGCGGUGACGCAGGCGGACGCGGACAUUGCGGAGGCCAAGAAGAAGUGA